AUGUUCCUCUUCUUGCUCGGCAUUUCCGUCCUGACGCGCGCCGUCAGUGCGCGCCCGUCGCUCAGCCACCUCCGGCAUCAUUUCAGCACCGAGAACGAGUCAGAGGAAGUCCGUUCUGCAGCCAUAAAGAGGCUUUUGGAGGUGUUCGGGAUGGAGGACCCCCCUGCUGUCCACGGACACAAGCAGCCGCCUCAGUACAUGCUCGAUCUGUACAACACCGUGGCGCAUGUGGACGGCGUGAGCAAGGACCCGUAUCUUCUGGAGGGGAACACAGUGCGCAGCUUUUUUGACAAAUUGCACAGUGAGCAGGUGGAGUUCAGGUUCAGUCUGUCCUCAGUGGCCAGAAGUGAGAAGGUUCUGACCGCAGAGCUCCAUCUCUUCAAGCUGAAACCUCAGACAUCAGUCACAUUCAACAGACAUCAUUUCUGUCAGGUUAGUGUUUAUCAGCUGCUCGACUCAAGUAAAGGUAACACCACCCAGCAGAGGAAGCUGCUGUCUUCUCGACUCAUCCCGGUCCUUGCCGCAGGCUGGGAGGUGUUCACCAUCACACAAUCGGUCCGCUCCUGGAUGGGAGAUGAAGGCAGCAACUUGGCACUCCAGGUGGUGGUAUGGAACCUAGGAGGAAGCCAGGCAGACAAGAAACUGGUCCGCUUCGCUUCGGGACGCAACCACCACCAAAGCAAGCAGCCCAUGUUGGUCCUUUUCACAGACGACGGCCGUCGCUCUGCUACCACAGAGAGUACAGACUUCAAGGAUUCCCCGGCCUCACCCAGCUUACCCCAGGCCCCCAUGUCCGGUCUGUCCUCCCGCACAGCUCGCUCCCUGGACUACAGUGAAGAAGAAGGUUCCUUCACACCCUGCCAGCGUCUGCCGCUCUAUGUGGACUUUGAUGAGAUCGGCUGGUCGGGCUGGAUUGUAUCUCCACGCGGUUAUAACGCCUACCACUGCAAGGGAUCCUGCCCCUUCCCUUUGGGUCAAAACAUGAGGCCGACCAACCACGCCACCGUGCAGUCAAUCAUCAAUGCCCUGAAGCUGAUCAAAGGCGUGGAGACGCCGUGCUGCGUCCCGGACAAACUCUUUUCCAUCAACUUACUAUAUUUUGAUGAUGAUGAGAAUGUGGUGUUGAAACAGUACAACGACAUGGUAGCUGGAAGCUGCGGCUGUCAUUGACAUAUUUGAUUUUAAAGGUGCAGUGUGAGGGAUUGAGUGACAUCUAGUGGUGAAAUUGCAGAAUCUAUGAUGCCGUGGCUGGUCAUGGUUUCAUUUUCCCUUCUUUGGCAACAAGGAUUCAUGCUCCCUUGCCUUCUCUUGAAAUUACACAAUAUGUAUGAUCCUCUAUUUCACAAAAAUUAGGGUUUUCAAACAUGUUAGCACUAGAAACUAACAUGGCACUGCAAGAUAUGAUAUUAGAUAUGAAGACCUCAUUCUAAGCUUAUU